GACAAAGGAAGAAAUUCGAGCCCUUGAAAGAGGAAAUCCACGAAUCAGCAAGUCAUUUGGCCAAGCGAGCGUCAGAGAGCAAGAAAAGCAAGUCUACGUAGUCCAAAUCAACACUCAAGUCUGGAAAAGAAUUGACAACAACAGUGUUUUUUGGGGCAUUACUGUCUCAUGCUUAUAACACACGCAUUAAGCUUUCAAUGUUCUUAUUGUUGACUAUUAUAAGCAAGGCUGCGUGGAUCACAUUCAACUCAGCCUAAAUGAUCACAAACGGUUAACGGAUGGAUUAUAAAAUGGAUGGAUAUUUGGACCAGCAAGUGCCUUACACUUUAGCAAAUAAGUCACAAGGAAAUGGACCCCUAAAUAGACUGUUGAUGGCAGCGAAAAGGAAAUACAUGGACACGGAAUUACCCCCUCAGGAAUCUGAAGACCUCUUUCAGGAUUUAAGCCAGCUUCAGGAGACAUGGCUCACUGAAGCUCAAGUGCCUGACAGUGACGAGCAGUUUGUUCCUGAUUUUCACACCGAAAACUCAGUGGCAUUCCACAGCCCGCCAGUCACCAUCAAGAAGGAACCACCGAGCCCUGGGUCCGACCCCAGCCAAUCCUGUAGCCACAAGCAGAUCCCCAAUGGAGAGCAGUGCCUUUAUGCCAGUGCCUACGAGCCGAAGAGGGCUGCAGGACCCAAUAAGAGCUCCUGCCCCCAAGGGACGCCCAUGUCUCCCAUGCAGCAUCAUUACUCCCCCAAGCCUGCCGGGAGCGCUGGUGGACGGCCUGAUAACACGGCCUACAACAUGAACUCCCCUGCCGCCUCUCAGCCGCUGCCCAACCACAACAACUACCCCAUGAACCCCAGUUCCAGGUAUCAGGCCCCCUCAGCAGACAUGUGCCCCCAGGGGUUCCCCCCUCAAGGGCAGGCCUUCCAGCGCAUGCACCCUGCCCCAGCCGGAGGCAGUGGUGGGGGAGGAGGAGGUGGAGGACCAGGUGGAGGUGGUGGCUAUCAUCGGCAGCACUCAGACCCCUGUCUACCCUACCUGCAGCAGAGCUUCAAGCAAGAGUACCUGGACCCUCUUUACGAGAGGGCCACCCACAUGGCAGGACCCGGGCAUGGAUCAGGACAUGGGCCUCACCCACCUCACCAACACCAACAACCCCACCCGCACUCUCACCACCAUCCGCACAGGUUCCCUCCUGCCCACAUGAUGGUAAAGCAGGAGCCAACCGACUACACCUAUGAGCCUGAUGUGCCUCGAUGUCCUUCCAUGUACCACCACAACGAGGGGUACCCCAACCCCCAGCACAACAAUGAAGGCUAUCUCUUUGAAAACGACUCCCGUGUCGUUCCUGAGAAAUUAGAAGGUGAGGUGAAGCAGGAGGGUGGUAGCGUGUUCCGUGAGGGGGCCCCCUACCAGCGCCGGGGAUCCCUUCAGCUCUGGCAGUUCCUGGUGGCCCUGCUGGACGACCCUGGCAACGCACACUUCAUCGCCUGGACUGGCCGCGGCAUGGAGUUCAAACUCAUCGAACCCGAGGAGGUGGCCAGGCUGUGGGGCAUGCAGAAGAACCGUCCAGCCAUGAACUACGACAAGCUCAGUCGCUCUCUGCGAUAUUACUACGAGAAGGGAAUUAUGCAGAAGGUGGCAGGGGAGCGCUACGUUUACAAGUUUGUGUGCGAGCCCGAGGCCCUCAUCUCCCUGGCCUUCCCCGACAGUCAUCGGCCCGGCCUGAAGGCCGAGUUUGAGCGCUACGUCAACGAGGAGGACACCGUGCCCCUGUCCCACAUGGACGAGGGGGCCACCUACCCCCAAGAACAAGCCCCACCAAACAUGGGCGCCCAACCCUACUCCAAAGGCUACAUGUACUAAUGCUACGGCCCCAUCCUCCAGAUUAUCUAUGUAAUAUCCCAUAAUACCCACCUAUUGCACAUGCCCACCCCAUUCACUUGUAUAUAAGGCUAUGGUGUUUUUUUGUUUUUGUUUAAAUUAAUCUCAUUAGGGAUUUUUGAGUUUUUAAGAGCUGCAUUCCUCUCACUUCUGAGGCCUAUUCAAUCCAUACACAUGACUGUGGUUAAAGAGAUUGCUUAAUAAAGACACAAUAUUACUACUA